UAUACCUCCAUUCGGCAAGUGACAUCGCCCCACCGUACUUCCGGUGUCCGGCCGAAGCUUUACUUGGGAUAGUUAUCACCGAAGUUACUCGACCAGUAGCCUACUCCGCAAAUAAUUCCCAAUCCUAUCGGUUUUACAGUUACGACAGAACCUCCCAGCACAAAAUUCCCCAGAACUCCGACGCACCACAUACUCAAUCACUCGCGAAAACAACAAGUCCAAAAAAAAAAACAAAAAAGAUUCAAUCCGAAUGCUCGCCCGCGCCCACGCCCGUCUCUCAACCAGUGCCUCAUUAUCGCUGCGUUCCUUCUCCAUCUCCGCAGGCAGAAUGACAUCCAUGACGCCGAUCGAGGAUACGAUUCGUGAAAAGCUCACGAACGCAUUCUCACCUACGAAACUACUCAUUCGGAACGAUUCGCAUUUACAUUCACAUCAUAGUGCUAUGAGGGGUGUUACGUCGAAAGAGACGCAUUUUCACGUAACGAUAACAUCUCCCGAAUUCGCGUCCAAGCCACAACCCGCGCGGCAUCGAAUGGUCUAUGCGCUAUUGAAGGAGGAGAUGGCGCGAGAAGGGGGUAUUCAUGCUUUGCAGCUGACGACUCGGACGCCGGAAGAAGAAGAGCGGAUUGCGGCGCGGCAGCAGGAGCAGACACAAUAGGGUGUAUACAGCGUUGGGAGGAACGAAAUAUAAGCAUAUAGGGACACGAUUGUUGAUGUAUGCUGCUGGUCCGGACGGAUCCUACUAGACAUUCUACAUCAGGUCACUACGUGGGAAUGGGUGGGACUGGAUCUCACUUCAUCCAAAUG